UCAGGAGGCGGAUUUUGGACGUUUCCUUGGGGUUUUGCGUGACAGCCGCACAGAGUAUUAUCAUGACUCAGAGCUCAGACAAAGAUACACAUAUCUAUCAUGCUUUGCGCACAGUCUCUGGAGCUGCUGCACACUUGGCCACUUUUACAUUUACUGUGUACAUGAUUUGCGUGUCCCAGCCUGGAUCAACUCUUUUUUCAUGGCAUCCAUUUCUCAUGACCCUCGCAUUUUCCUUCCUCAUGACGGAGGCUAUCCUGGUUUUUUCUCCCGACUCCUCUCUAUUACGAUCCUUUUCUCGGAAAGCUAAAGGAAGAGCCCAUUGGACUCUACAACUGUUAGCUGUGUUGUGUGCACUGCUGGGUCUGGGGAUCAUUUAUGCCAACAAAGUUCUGCUCGCAAAGCCUCACUUUUCCACUUGGCACGGACUUUUUGGGGCUCUGACGUUGCUGUGGUCCGUGCUUCAGAGCUUCGGUGGAGUGUCUUUGCUUUACCCUAAGCUGGUGCAACGUUGGACUUUAGCCACUCGCAAACUGUAUCAUGCCACUGCUGGACUUCUGGGCUACCUGCUUGGUUGUUCCAGCCUUUUUCUGGGAAUGUUUUCAAUCUGGUUCACUACCACUGUCACUGGCUUGUCCUGGUACGUUUGUGCCUUGUGUCCCAUUCUUACUGGUUUGGUAGUUAUGAACCAGGUGAGCAAUGCGUACCUGUAUCGUAAGAGGAGCUAGUCUUAAGUGAUAAACGCAAUGUUUAUGGACUGUCCCUCUGUCCUGGAGAUUAUACAUGACUUAUUUUCCUAAAUUGGCUCUACCUUCCAUGUUGAAUCAAAAUUAUGGGUCCCAUUAAGAGGUUUAUUUUACAUCAUGCUGACUUUGGUUUUACAAUAUUCUUCCAUGUGGAGUUAAAAUAAAAAUAUUUUUAUAUUUAAAUUGGAA